AUAAAGUAUUGUCACCACCAAAACCCAACAAUAUUUUGGAUUAUUUUAAAAAGACAUCUAUAACUGAGAAAGCUACAUCAGCAGUUAUAGCUGGAGAAAAUAAAAUACAGUUGAAUGCUGAUGACAAAGAUUGUAACUCUGCUUUGAAACCACCUUCAAAGCUGAAGAGGAAAGGGAAGAGAGUUGAUCUAAAUAAUAAACUAGGAGAGAUGAAAGAAUCUGAGAAUGAAUGUGUAAUAGAAACUAAUAGUGAUGACAGCAGCAGAGAAACAACAGGACCAAAACAAGAUGCUGAUGAUUUUACUCCUACCUGUCCUUUAGUUAGCCAAAACUUUGGAGAAGAAUUAGCAAAAGAUAAUCUGCAAAGUGAGAAUGUCUCAAAAAAUGUCAUCUACAGAAAAAAUGCUAAGAAUAGCAUAAGAAAAUCAAGGAAAAGAAAGCACAAAAUAAAUAUGGACUUGUCUGAAAGUUUUUCAUCUGAAAACCAGCUGACUGAAAAUUUUCAAAAGGAACCUGAAGAUAAGAAAAAAAUGGUAUCUCCUAAAAUAGAGUGUGAGGUUAUUGUUAGUGAUUCAAGUUUUGAAGUUCAUGUGAAUGAUGAGUCAUCACAGGUAAAUGACAGUACAAUAACCGUGUCAUUUGAGGACUUCUUGAAAAGUCAAGGAGAGGAGAAUUUAGAUCAUGUUGAAGACAGUGCAAAGUUAACGCCAGACGAUUCUGAUGCAGCAAAUGAAACUAUCAAAAGUGAUAUCAUUAGUGAUCCCGAAAAGUGUGAAGAAACUCAACAGCUACCACUUAAAACAGUAACUGUCCUUGCACAAAUUCAUUCCAUUCCCCUCAAAUCACCUUCCCUACGUAAGGAGCAAAAGGCUUCCAGGAAACUAGCUUCCAUUUUUUUGAAGCAAAAAGGAUGUGUAGGGGAAAAAGGAAGUAGUCCAGUCCUCUUGGAGAGUGAACAAACUGAACAAAUUACUCAGAAAAGAAAAUCUAAUGUUGUUAUUGAGGAAGAGGAAUUGGAGUUGGCUGUACUAGAGACUGCAGGAUCAGAAUCUUUAAAGUCAAAAUGUUCUCUAGAAGAAAGGCAUCAGUUUAUGAAAGCCUUUAGACAACCAACAUCAGAGGUAAUAAAGUGUGGAGUUAAAAAGACACCUGGAAAACUAAAACAAGUCAUUACAAAGUCUUCAAAAGAAAAGGGAGGAACAGAAGGAGGUGACAGUGUUUCAAAUAGGGGAUUAGAAGGUGAAAUGUCAGAAGAUAAUGUGGACAAACAUUCACACUAUAACCCUGAAAACAGUAGAACUAAAAACAAAAAACUUAAGUUUCAGAAGAAUGGAAACAGAAAAAAGAAGGCCUUGGAAAAUAAGGAAAUGAGUGUCUCAAAUAGUAGCGAUUAUAACAAAGAUGAAUAUUCAGGAGCUAAUGUUUAUACUAAGGACAAAACCUUGGACGUAAGAAUUUCAUCAGGUCCAAAAGUGAAUAAAUUAAGGAGGAGUUUAAGACAGAAAAAAAUCGAAACAUCUAAAAAGGUUACACCUAAGAAAAACAGAAUUAAAAAUACUUGUGAAAAUGGAUUAAGUGAUAGUCCUUUACAGACUUCCACACCAAAAGCAAGCAAGAAAUCCUUGAAGAAAAGUAAUGUAUAUAAGGCUGAGGUGAUUACGAUACCCUUUGAGGCAAACAGCCCAAUAAGAAUGAGGUUUACACGGAUCAGUGCAACUAAAAAAUCAAAUAAAGCUGAAGCAAUGAAAAAUGAAGAGUUUUCUGCCAAAAAUAUAAAGAUGAUCUCUACUUCUAAAAAUAUAUCCAAGGCGAAACAACUGGUAGAAAAAGCAAAGGCUAUACAGCAUAAUAGAACAAAGGUUAAUGAAGACUUAUCAACUCCUGUGAGGCGCUCAUCUCGACAGCAAGCUCUUGCUGAAAAGAAAAAAUUGCAAGAAAAUGAAGAAUCUGUAAUAAUUUUAGAUUCAAGCCUGAGUAAUGUCACUGCUACAACACAUAAUGUGAAGCAAAAACAAACCACUCUUCGGAGCCUCAAUGAUGUUCUAGGGAAAAGGUCUAGAAAUGUGAAGGUUACCAAGAACUCAAAUGGAAAACUGGGCUGUCCACCUUCAUUCCUGGGCAAAAAUGUUCAAAAGUCUGCAGAUGAAACAAUUGUGAUCUUUGAUGAAAGCAGCCAAGAUGCAUUUGAAAACUCUCAAGAUGGUGAUCAGUUCAGAGCAAAACGUGAAUUCUUGAUGAGUGGUUUGCCAGAAUCACUGAAAAGACAGAUUGCAAAGAAGGCAGCAGUAAUGGAAGCAUACUCUAUUUCAAGUUCCUGUUUUAAGACAGUUGUCCAUGUACAGCAGAAAGAUGAGUGUUAUUCAUUUUGGAAAUUGAAAUCACCGUCAUGUCCUAUAUUAACUAAGCUAAAGAAACUGAAUACUGAUGUCACUAAUGUCACAAAUACCACUAUCUCACUUGGUGAAUUUUCUACUGUGAACUCAAAACUAACUGGAAACCAUUCUGCACCUGUGUUUUCUGGCCAGCGAACAGUUUUUCCUGAAAUAGUCAGAAAAGACUUACUAGAUGAGAUCAUGUUCUUCAACUCCCAAUUUCCUGUUAGAAAAUACUUCUACAAGCUUCUGAAAAAGCAAACAGAACAACUGCUUUUUGAGAACAGUAUAAAAGGAAAUGGAGAUAGCACGGCAAAGUCUGAGGUAAAUCAGAAUCAUUCUGACAAUUGGAAAGAAACUAAAAGGAAAAGGAAAGAAGCUGAAGUCCACAAAUCAAAAAGAAGAAAACGAAUUGAAGAUACAGAGCCUGAAAUAAAAUCCAGAGUUUCCAGGAACCUUAGCACUCCCAUAGCUGGGAAAAAACAAGCAGAGACAGAACUAGCAAAACAUUUGGGAAAAAACAGGACCCAGAAACUGGAUGUUAUGACAGAGGAUGCUGAAGUUUUAUCAGAGCCAAAUGUAGUUUCAGGUGUUGAAAAGGAAGAUGUGCUCUGGACAGAAAAAUAUCAGCCUCAAGACUCCAGUGAACUUGUAGGGAACAAGAAAGAAAUUGAAAAGCUGCACAGUUGGCUAAAAGAAUGGAAAAAAAGAGCUGAUUGGGAAGAAAAAAGAAAUCAGAAAGGGGUAAAGGAAGACAAAGAACAUCAAGAUUCUUUGGACAGCCUUGACUUUAAAGAUGAUAAAUCUGAUCUUGAGGAAGAGACUAGCCUUUGCAAUACUGUUCUGAUAACUGGCCCACCAGGAGUGGGAAAAACUGCUGCAGUCUAUGCUUGUGCUCAGGAGCUUGGUUUUAAGAUAUUUGAAGUCAAUGCCUCUUGCCAGCGCAGUGGUAGACAGAUACUGUCUCAACUAAAAGAAGCUACUCAGUCUCAUCAAGUGGACAAAAAAGGCAUAAAUGCACAUAAACCUUGCUUCUUCAACAGCUGUAGCAGUGCCAAAUCACCAAAAAAAAUAUAUUCUCCAAAGAAAAUUAUUUCACCAAGAAAACCUCCGCUUUCACCAAGAGGAGCAAAACGAAGCUUACCCCCUAAAACACUAGCAAACUAUUUCAAAAUUUCUUCCAAACGGAAGAAUAAUGAUGGAAUAGUAACUCUGCAAGAAAAAAAUAAAGAAAAUAAUCGGGAUUUAUGUGAAGAAAAGAAAAAUGCUGAAUUUAAGUCAGUAAAUAAAGAAGUCGAAGAAGGUGAACACAACAGAAAAAAUGCAACGUCUCUCAUCCUCUUUGAAGAGGUAGAUAUAAUAUUUGAUGAAGAUGCAGGGUUUCUCAAUGCAAUAAAGACAUUCAUGGCGACUGCAAAGAGGCCUGUAAUUCUUACUACUAACGAUCCAACAUUUAGUUUAAUGUUUGAUGGCUAUUUUGAAGAAAUCAACUUUAGAACCCCUUCCUUGAUAAAUGCUGCUAGCUAUCUGCAAGUGCUGUGUUUGGCUGAAAAUUUACGAACUGAUGUGAAAGACAUAGCUGCUUUGUUAACCACAAAUAACUGUGAUAUCAGACAAAGCGUUCUCUUCUUACAAUUUUGGGUUAGAAGUGGAGGUGGAUGCUUGAAAGAUAAACGUUUGGCACUCCAUGGAGGAGGUGAGACAAAUAAUGCAGGUGAAAUAAUUAAUUCUGAAAAGACUACUGAUUCCAAGACUGAUCUUUCUCAAGCUGAUAAACAUCUCUGGGAGUUUCCAAAAUGCAACACAGGCUGUGUAGAGACACUGCUUGGCCUUAGGAAUAUCUUGCUGCCUUCAGAAGACUUGUUUACAUUUCUUAAGCAAAAAGUCACAACCAUGGAUGAAUGGAAUAAAUUGAUACAGCUUCUCACAGAAUUCCAGAUGAAGAAAGUGGAUUUUAUAUAUAGUAAUCUUGAAUUUAUUCUUCCUUUACCAGUGCAUGUUCUUCCAAACCAGUCUGAAGCCUCUAACUCCAUGCUUGAAAGGACUGCUGUAGUUUCUUCAAAUAACAGAUCUAUUAAUAGUUAUUGCACUGGGAAAAGUAGUCCUGGAAAAAAGUCUAAAAAGACAAAGAAUCAGAAAAAUCUUGAUAUAUUGGAUGAUAGUGAUUUAUUUGAUACUGGACUGAACUACUCAGCUGAAUUUAUAACUUUGCCAUCAGAUAGUCCUGUAUCAUGUGCUAAAGCAAACAAAGAGGAAUUAAAAUUGAUGAUGGAUAAAGAAGAAGAAAAAAUGGAAAUUAAUAAAAAACCAGCAAGUGAGAAAAGAUCUGCUCUUGUUUUUCAGUGUCUAAAUUCACUGACUGAAUUUGUGGAGAACAUGUCUUUUUUAGAUUGCUGUAUAAACACUAAUACCAAGGAACCACUGGAGUUUUCUAAAGAUGAAGGAUUUAAUUGGACAAAUGGCAAAAUCAAAAAUGGUCUUUGUGAUGAAUUCAGUAUAGAAAAUACUGAUUGGUGGAGUUUCCAGAGCUGUAGUGAACUCAAGGCAACUGUUGAAGCACUCAGUUUUCACAAAUGUUCUGUUAAUAUUUCCAAAACCUUGGAGGCCUCUUCGGGUACCAGUAAAACACCUGAAAGUGAUGAACUUGAGGGACUUACUUUGCAUAUUUCAAACACAAGAAAUUAUGUAUCCUUCAGUCAGUCAGCUGAUUCAAGCAUUCACAAAAAAGCACAGAAGAGGCUGGCAGUCAUCAGAACUGUAUUUUCCAGAACACCUUUAAACCUGGGUAAUAAACAAGCCAGCAUAGUUGAAUACCUCCCCACUCUUCGCAAUAUUUGUAGGUCCGAGAAGCUUAAAGAGCAAGGGAAGACUAAAAGAAGGUUCUUGCAUUAUCUUGAAGGAAUUCAUCUUGAAAUAUCCAGACAAAUGAUAAACAGCCUGUCUUUUGAAUUCCCUUAAAAUUGCUAAUACCAGGAGUAGUUUGUGUGGAUGGGCCUAAUAGUGGUACUCUCACCAUAGCUUUUUAUUAUUAUUAUUUUAUUUUAUUGUAUAUUCAGAGCCAUUUGUAUAUUAAAUUUCUAUAAGUAUUUAAAAUAAUGUAUAUACCUACUGUUAUGAUACUGCUUUCCAUAACUGAAAUGUGGGUUUGUUUGGUGCUUGUCCAGUAAGUGCAUUUAGAAUACUAAAUGCACUAACUAAUCAAGACUACUUCAUAUUUCCUUUCUCCAUAAUGUGUAUCACAUAGCAAGAAGUGCUUGUGUGAUGAGCAACUGGCACAACUUCUCAUCAGAAAUAUAAGUUUUACUGUAGACUACUUUACUGAAAUAGACUUAUUUGCAGAUAAGUGCUAAAUAACCUUCAUAAGGGGCUUAGAGGUGCACCUCUAAAAUGUAAACUACUAAAAUCAACUCUUCCAUCACAGUAACAACUGGAUAACAAAGUCUUUGCCAAGUACUUUGCCUCAAUGUACAUAUAUUUGUAUACAGUGGUUUCACUUCAUUCAUUAUUUACAGCUGUCAGACUUUCAUGUUAAUUGGUUAAAAUAGUAGGGAAAUGAUGACUUUAGCUCAAGAUGGACUCAAAAGACUAGGCAAGAUUUUGUAAAUAAUUUUACCAGUGUUACUUUGGAUUCAGUAGUAUUUAAUUACUUCUAGUCUUGUAUAUUGUAUUCUAUUUUUAUAUUGCAUUUUGCAUUU